CACAUUUCUCGAACAAUGAAAUGCACAAAUUUCAAAGUAUUUUCGGUUUUAAGUCUGCUGGCAGUCGCCUGGGGCGAGACUGGGAGCCGCGUGAAGCGUCUGUCCCUGCCCGACUUCGACGCGGAAACACUGAGCCUGGCCAAAUACGUGGUCUCCAUACGAUCCCGCACACCCGUGCGCUACUUCGGCGAUAAUCACUACUGCGGCGGUGGCCUCCUGACGCCCCACUGGGUGCUGACCUCCGCGCACUGCAUCAUGGACGCCUCGAAGACCAUGUACAAGACGCGUGUGCUGAUGGUGGUGGCUGGGGCGCCGAAUCGCCUAAAGUUCGUCACGGGCAAGACCGUCUGCAGUCCGGUGCAGGCGCUGUACGUGCCGCGCAACUUCACGAUGCUGAACACGGACAACAUGGCCAUGGUGCGGCUCAAGUAUGCAAUGCCCACUGGCAAUCCACGCAUUGGAUACCUCCAGCUGCCCGCCAACCCACCGCCACUUGGCUCCAGCUACACAGUUCUGGGCUGGGGCAGGCUGUACGCGGGCGGUCCCCUGGCCUCGAACAUCCUGCAGAUCGAUGUGCUGCUGCAGAACCUGACGUACUGCCAGGGGAAGCUGAAGUCCUUCGGGUACGGCAUGAUGUGCGGCAGCAAUGGGGGCAACGACUCCCAUCCCUGCUCGGGCGAUCUUGGCGCACCGCUCAUAAGGGGCGGCACAAUGUUUGGCAUCGUCACCUAUCCCUUUGGCUGCGCUUCACCCCGGACGCCCUCCGUCUAUACGAAUGUUCGGAGCAACAUCGAUUGGAUACGGCAAACGAUGAACGGCAGCGGCAGCGGCAGAAGCAACAUCAUUUCGAUAUUAAUCUUUAGCCUCUGGCAGGCCAGUCCGAUGUGAGUGGCUUCGAUGCCA